AUGGACGAGAAGGAGGCCGCCAAGGCCAAGCUGCUCAUCGCCACGCUGCAGAAGUACGGCUACGACCUGGAGGACCCGGCGCGCACGAGCUCCACCACCAGCACCAACUCGAGCAACAGCUCCACCGAGUGGAGCCCCGACGACGACGAGCCCGCGCGCCGCUUCAGCGUCACGUCGUCCGCCGGCAUCCUGGCGCUGCGCGACCGCAAGAACCAGCAGAGCGCGCUGCACAUCGCCGCCAAGAAGGGCCACUUCGACGUGCUGCGCGCGCUCGCCAAGCUGCCGCGGCUGUCCGAGCACCUGAACGCCGGCGACCGCCACUGCAACACGGCGCUGCACUUCGCCGCCAGCAGCUCCAGGUCCAACGCCGCCGACCUCGUCGAGCUGCUGCUCAACCUGGGCGCCAACCCGUCGGCCAUGAACGUGCGCGGCCAGACGCCGCUCGCCAUCCACAUCUUGACGGCCAAGCCGGAGACGCCGGCGACCAUCACCAAGCUCUUCAUCGAAAAGUUCCGUCAAGGCAAGAGCUCGUCGUCGUCGUCUUCGUCGUCGACGCCUACGUCGCCCUCGUCGCCCUCGGGUCUCCGCGCGCCGGUGCCCGUCACGGCGCUGAACGAGCUGGUGAACGGCACUACGUACUUGCACAUGGCGGUGGAGCGUCAGCUCGGCGAGAUCGGCGGCGCGCUGGUGCAGGGCGGCGCCUCCAUUAACGUCCCGGACCACAACGGCGUCAUGGUGAGCGACACGAUCCCGAAGAAGCUGCUGGUGAAGCUCAUUACGUUCAUGACGGAGGGCUCGCAGGUGGCUCCGUCCGACAUUGUGCGCGGCAGCUGCAAGAUCUGCCGCAACCCGAAGAGCCUGCUGGACCCUCUGAAGGACUGCGCGCUGUGCGGCCGCGCGGUCUGCAAGAACUGCUCGGAGAAGGCGGCGGACAUUCGCAAGUCGACCUCCGACGGCAGCAACGUGACGCUGAAGGACAAGGACGAGGGGCGAUUCUGUGCUGUUUGCUGCACCGUCAAGAUUCUCAAGAGCAAAAAGCACAACGAGCGCGAGAACUUCAACAGGAAGCUCAUGGGCUGCAGCAUGAAAUAGACUCGCGCGAACACUGGCGGUACCAACUUACUUAAAACGGGAGAAAAGCGAUACGUCUUUG